CCUCAGCAGCUGCGGGAGACGGAAGUCGUGAGAGCUUUGCCUUGGAGGGUCGGGCGGACACCGCCUGGUGACAGCAGUCAGCCAGGACCCUCACCACGGUAGAAUGGGUGAGGAGGGGCCUCCCAGCCUGGAGUAUAUCCAAGCCAAGGAUCUGUUCCCUCCCAAGGAACUGGUGAAGGAGGAGGAAAAUCUUCAGGUACCUUUCACAGUGCUUCAGGGAGAGGGAGUGGAGUUCCUGGGCCGGGCAGCCGAUGCCCUCAUUGCCAUCUCUAACUACCGGCUGCAUAUCAAGUUCAAGGACUCUGUCAUCAACGUACCUCUCCGGAUGAUUGACAGCGUGGAGAGCCGUGAUAUGUUCCAAUUGCACAUUGCCUGCAAGGACUCCAAAGUGGUGAGGUGCCACUUCUCCACUUUCAAGCAGUGCCAAGAGUGGCUCACAAGGCUAAGCCGGGCCACAGCAAGACCUGCCAAACCUGAGGACCUCUUUGCCUUUGCCUACCAUGCCUGGUGCCUGGGGUUGACUGAGGAGGACCAGCAUACCCAUCUGUGUCAGCCAGGAGAUCACAUACGAUGUCGGCAGGAGGCGGAGCUUGUCAGGAUGGGCUUUGACCUGCAGAAUGUUUGGAGAGUCUCACAUAUCAACAGCAACUACAAAUUAUGCCCCAGUUACCCCCAGAAGCUGCUGGUUCCUGUAUGGAUCACAGAUAAAGAGCUAGAGAAUGUGGCUUCUUUCCGUUCCUGGAAGCGCAUCCCUGUGGUUGUGUACAGACACCUUCGCAAUGGGGCUGCCAUUGCCCGCUGCAGCCAGCCUGAGAUCAGUUGGUGGGGCUGGCGGAAUGCUGAUGAUGAGUACCUGGUCACGUCCAUUGCCAAAGCCUGUGCCCUGGACCCAGGGACAAGGGCCAGUGGGGGCCCUCUGAGCACUGGGAAUAAUGAUGCCAGUGAGGCGUGUGACACUGACUUUGAUUCCUCUCUGACUGCGUGUUCUGGGGUGGAGAGCACAGCAGCCCCUCAAAAGCUACUGAUCCUGGAUGCGAGAUCCUACACAGCAGCAGUGGCUAACCGUGCCAAGGGUGGAGGUUGUGAAUGCGAAGAGUACUAUCCCAACUGUGAGGUCGUGUUUAUGGGAAUGGCCAACAUCCAUGCCAUCCGGAACAGCUUCCAGUACCUCCGAGCUGUGUGUAGCCAAAUGCCAGAUCCCAGCAACUGGUUGUCAGCACUGGAAAGUACCAAAUGGCUGCAGCACUUGUCAGUGAUGCUAAAAGCAGCUGUGCUGGUGGCUAAUACAGUAGACCGGGAAGGCCGGCCUGUGCUGGUGCACUGCUCUGACGGCUGGGACCGGACACCGCAGAUUGUAGCCCUGGCCAAAAUAUUACUGGACCCGUAUUACAGGACAUUGGAGGGCUUCCAAGUGUUAGUGGAGUCUGACUGGCUGGAUUUUGGGCACAAGUUUGGAGACCGCUGUGGCCACCAGGAGAAUGCAGAGGACCAAAACGAACAAUGCCCUGUGUUCCUCCAGUGGCUCGAUUCUGUUCAUCAGUUGCUUAAGCAGUUCCCCUGUGUGUUUGAAUUUAAUGAAGCAUUCCUGGUAAAACUGGUACAGCACACGUACUCUUGUCUCUAUGGCACAUUCCUGGCGAACAACCCCUGUGAGCGAGAGAAGCGCAAUAUCUACAAGCGAACAUGCUCUGUGUGGGCGCUCCUGCGAGCUGGCAAUAAGAACUUUCAUAACUUCCUGUAUACACCCGGCUCAGAGAUGGUCCUGCAUCCUGUUUGUCAUGUGCGAGCCCUUCACCUCUGGACAGCUGUUUAUCUGCCUGCAUCAUCUCCGUGCACACUUGGAGAAGAGAAUAUGGAUCUUUACCUUUCCCCAGUGGCCCAGAGCCAGGAGUUUUCUGGCCGCUCUCUGGACAGGUUACCUAAAACCAGAUCCAUGGACGAUCUUCUUUCUGCCUGUGACACAAGCAGCCCCCUGACUCGCACAUCCAGUGACCCUAACCUGAAUAACCACUGUCAGGAGGUCAGAGUUGGCUUGGAGCCCUGGCAUAGCAAUCCUGAAGGAUCAGAGACAACCUUUGUGGAAUCCGGGGUAGGAGGUCCCCAGCAGACUGUAGGAGAAAUAGGCCUUCCUCUCCCUCUGCCCAGCAACCAGAAAGACUACCUGAGCAAUAAACAAACUUUUAAGAGUCACAAAAGCUCUUCUCUAAGUUAUAAACUGCUUAAUACUGCUGUGCCCUGGGAAGUGAAGAACACCUGUGAUCCUGAGAUCCAAGUCCUGGAAGAGACUAAGGCACCAGCUCCAGACCCUCCUGCUCAGGAUGAGCUGGGUAGGACUUUCAGUGGCUCAGGAGAGCCACCUGAGCCUGAAACAGAAACCAUCAGUGUGCCCUCCAAGAUCACUCCCUGCAAGUAUGGCGAAGUCUGUGAUUUUCCUCAGUCUGCCCAGGACUCUCUUACGGGUGCCGCCCAACAGGCACAGAUAGAAUCUGUGCUAGGUGUGACCUCCAGAUGUGUUCUGAAUCAGAGUCUGGGCAACCUUUGCAAUCCACCGAGUGCUGCCUGCCAAACUCCUCUAGAGCCAAGCACCGACUUCCUCAACCAAGAUCCCCCAGAGUCUGUGGCAGGUAUCUCCCAUCAGGAACAGCCCAGUUCUGUGCUGGAUCUGAUCCGUAGGGAGGAAGACACUGGCAAGAAAGGAAAUAAUAGGAGUGGGCAGUUACUGGAAAAUCCUCGCUUUGGGAAAGUGCCAUUGGAAUUGGUCCGAAAACCAAUUUCUCAGAGCCAGAUCAGUGAGUUCUCUUUCUUAGGGUCCAACUGGGACAGCUUCCAAGGCUUGGUGACUUCAUUCCCAAGUGGGGAGACUACCCCUCGGCGGCUGCUUUCCUAUGGCUGCUGUAGCAAGAGGUCAAGCAGUAAGCAGAUGAGGGCCACAGGGCCCUGCUUUGGGAGCCAGUGGGCUGAGAGAGAAGGUGUGAAGUCACCUAUCUGUUCUAGUCAUUCCAAUGGACACUGUACUGGCCCAGGAGGAAAAAACAACCGGAUGUGGUUGUCUGGUCACCCAAAGCAAGUCUCCAGCACAAAGCCUGUCCCACUGAGCUGCCCUUCUCCAGUGCCUCCACUCUACCUGGAUGAUGAUGGACUCCCCUUUCCCACAGACGUGAUCCAGCAUAGGUUACGGCAAAUUGAAGCAGGGUACAAGCAAGAGGUAGAGCAGCUACGUCGACAGGUGCGUGAGCUUCAGAUGAGACUGGAUAUCCGUCACUGCUGUGCCCCUCCAGCAGAGCCCCCUAUGGACUAUGAGGAUGAUUUUACAUGUUUGAAGGAGUCAGAUGGCAGUGAUACAGAAGAUUUUGGCUCUGAUCACAGUGAAGACUGUCUUUCAGAAGCAAGUUGGGAACCUGUGGAUAAGAAGGAGACUGAGGUGACUCGCUGGGUUCCAGACCAUAUGGCAUCGCAUUGCUAUAACUGUGACUGUGAAUUCUGGUUGGCCAAACGAAGACACCAUUGCAGAAAUUGUGGGAAUGUAUUUUGUGCUGGAUGCUGCCACCUGAAGCUGCCCAUUCCUGAUCAACAGCUCUAUGACCCAGUUCUCGUCUGUAACUCAUGUUACGAACACAUUCAAGUAUCUCGUGCCAGGGAGCUCAUGAGCCAACAUCUGAAGAAACCCAUCGCUACAGCUUCCAGUUGAAUGCACAGGAGAUGACCUGUCCAGUUUUAACAGGUUUGAAGGGAAGAUCUGCUUCAGGUGUAGUUUGAAAGGUUCCUUGGUAUGGCUCAUGAAAUCACAGAGCUCAAAGAUAUCAUCUUGAGAAAUCCUACUUGGUACUUUGAGACUGGAGCAGAGGAAUUUCAAUUUGGCGGAGGUCCUUUUCUGGAGAGACCCUCAACUUAGGGUAAUGGUCCUUCCAGACCCAGAGUCUGGAAGCUUAAUGUUGAGUUGGUGACUCCAGCUUCUUUCU